CUUCCGCGGGCUGGUCUCUUCUCAACUCUGAUGUGCCACUCAGGGCUUCCUGAUAUUUCCUCUCCUUCUCGGCUCCUUUGUUUAUACCAGCCCACCUCACAUCUGAUUGUAAUGGGGACUGUCUACACAAACACUUUAGUUCAAAGAUUUCGUUGCCUGGUGAUCGUGUUUGUGUUGCACAAUUAAUUAAACCUCCAAGAGGCUAAUCGAUUAACCUUUGAGGCUUUGAAACCGUCAGAGUGGUGGAAUAUCAGAAGACUGAGAACAUUGUUCCUUCCUCACACUCUGCUGCUCUGUUGCCAGAGAAUCCCAAUCUACACUCAAAGCUUCUUUGGUUAAGUGCAAGGAGGUAAGUUUGCAUUUUCUCAAGGAAAAGGCAAAAGUGGUAGCAGGUGGCAUUUACCGUCAUGGAGACCAGGGAUCAUAACAACCCCCAGGACGGACCCACGUCCUCCAGCGGUAGAAAGGCUACAGUGGAAGACAAUCACCUGCUGAUUAAAGCUGUUCAAACCGAAGAUGUUGACCGGGUCCAGCAAUUGCUGGAAGGUGGGGCCAACGUUAAUUUUCAGGAAGAGGAAGGGGGUUGGACACCUCUGCAUAACGCAGUACAAAUGAACAGGGAGGACAUUGUGGAACUUCUGCUUCGUUAUGAUGCCGACCCUGUUCUGAGGAAGAAGAAUGGGGCCACGCCUUUCAUCCUCGCAGCGAUUGCGGGGAACGUGAAGCUGCUGGAACUUUUCCUUUCUAAAGGAGCAGAUGUCAAUGAGUGUGAUUUUUAUGGCUUCACAGCCUUCAUGGAAGCCGCUGUGUAUGGUAAUGUCAAAGCCCUAAAAUUCCUUUAUGAGAGAGGAGCAAAUGUGAAUUUGAGGCGAAAGACAAAGGAAGAUCAACAGCGGCUGAGGAAAGGAGGAGCCACAGCUCUCAUGGAUGCUGCCAAAGAAGGACACGUAGAGGUCUUGAAGAUUCUCCUUGAUGAGAUGGGGGCAGAUGUCAAUGCCUGUGACAAUAUGGGCAGAAAUGCCUUGAUCCAUGCUCUCCUGAGCUCUCACAAUAAGGAUGUGGAGGAUAUUACGCAUCUGCUGCUGGACCAUGGGGCUGAUGUCAAUGUGAGGGGAGAAAGAGGGAAGACGCCCUUGAUCCUGGCAGUGGAGAAGCAGCACUUGGGUUUGGUGCAGAGGCUUCUGGAGCAAGAGCACGUAGAGAUUAAUGACACAGACAGUGACGGCAAAACAGCACUGCUGCUUGCUGUUGAACUCAAACUGAAGAAAAUCGCCCAGUUGCUGUGCGACCGUGGAGCCAGUACAGAUUGUGGGGAUCUUGUUAUGAUAGCCAGGCGGAAUUAUGACAGUUCCCUUGUGAAGUUACUUCUCUCUCAUGGAGCCAAAGAACAUUUUCACCCUCCUGCUGAAGACUGGAAGCCUCAGAGCUCACACUGGGGGGCAGCCCUGAAGGAUCUCCACAGAAUAUACCGCCCUAUGAUUGGCAAACUUAAGUUCUUUAUUGAUGAAAAAUACAAAAUUGCUGAUACUUCAGAAGGAGGCAUCUACCUGGGGUUCUAUGAGAAGCAAGAAGUAGCUGUGAAGACGUUCUGUGAGGGCAGCCCACGUGCACGGCAGGAAGUCUCUUGUCUGCAAAGCAGCCGAGAGAACAGUCACUUGGUGACAUUCUAUGGGAGUGAGAGCCACAGGGGCCAUUUGUUUGUGUGUGUCACUCUCUGUGAGCAGACUCUGGAAGCGUGUUUGGAGGUGCACAGAGGGGAAGAUGUGGAAAAUGAGGAAGAUGAGUUUGCCCGAAAUGUCCUGUCAUCUAUAUUUAAGGCUGUUCAAGAAUUACACUUGUCCUGUGCAUACACCCACCAGGAUCUGCAACCACAAAACAUCUUAAUAGAUUCUAAGAAUGCUGUUCACCUGGCAGAUUUUGAUAAGAGCAUCAAGUGGACUGGAGAUCCACAGGAAGUCAAGAGAGAUCUAGAGGACCUUGGACGGCUGGUCCUCUAUGUGGUAAAGAAGGGAAGCAUCCCAUUUGAGGAGCUGAAGGCUCAAAGUAAUGAAGAGGUAGUUCAACUUUCUCCAGAUGAGGAAACUAAGGACCUCAUUCAUCAUCUCUUCCACCCUGGGGAACAUGUGAGGGACUGUCUGGGUGACUUGUUAGGUCAUCCCUUCUUUUGGACUUGGGAGAGCCGCUAUAGGACGCUUCGGAAUGUGGGAAAUGAAUCCGACAUCAAAACACGAAAACAUAAAAGUGAGAUCCUCAGACUACUGCAACCUGGGCCUUCUGAACAUUCCGUAAGUUUUGACAAGUGGACGACUAAGGUUAAUGAAGAUGUUAUGAAAAAAAUGAAUGAGUUUUAUAAAAAAACAGGCAAUUUCUACCAGAACACUGUGGGUGAUCUGCUAAAGUUCAUCCGGAAUUUGGGAGAACACAUUGAUGAAGAAAAGCAUAAAAAGAUGAAAUUAAAAAUUGGAGACCCUUCCCGGUAUUUUCAGAAGACAUUUCCAGAUCUGGUGAUCUAUGUCUAUACAAAACUACAGAACACAGAAUAUAGAAAGCAUUUCCCCCAAACCCACAGUUCAAACAAGCCUCUGUGUGAUGGAGCUGGUGGGGCCAGUAGGUUGGCCAGCCCUGGGUGCUGAUGGACUGAUUUGUUGGAGUUCAGGGAACUACUUGUUAGCUGUAGAGUCCUUGGCAAGUCACAACAUCCUGGGCCUUGUAACUCACCAGGUUGCUUGUGAGGGAUGAGUUGCAUAGCUGAUAUGUCAAUCCCUGGCAUUGUGUAUUCCCUAUGUCUAUAACAAAAGCAGUAUAUGCCCAGACUACACUAGUCCAUAAGCUUUACCCACUAACUGGGACGACAUUCUGCUAAGAUUCCUUUUGUCAAUUGCACCAAAAGAAUGAGUGCCUUGACCCCUAGUGCUGCAUAUGUUACAAUUCUCUCAUUUAAUUUUCCCAAUGAUCUUGCAAUACAGGGAUUAUCAUCCCCAUUUAAGAACUGAGGACCCUGAGACUCAGAGAGUGUGAGCUACUGGCCCAAGAUUAUUCAAUUUAUACCUAGCACUUUAUAAAUGGACAUGGUGUUAUUGGUACCUCUUAUUUGGGCACCUUAAAACUUAACUAUCGGCCGGGCGCGGUGGCUCAAGCCUGUAAUCCCAGCACUUUGGGAGGCCGAGAUGGGCGGAUCAUGAGGUCAGGAGAUGGAGACCAUCCUGGCUAACACGGUGAAAUCCCGUCUGUACUAAA